CCAAACGUCGUCUGCUGUAGUGAAAAUUCAUUGUCAGUUUGUCACGUGUGGUGUUCUAUGAACUUUUGAUUUUUAAAAGACACAGUUAAAUCAAAUACAAAAAUGGAUUCCGCUUUAAAUGAUAAGCGUUUCGCUAACAUUGGCAAGGAUCCUCGAUUUCGCCGAGUGCCUGCCUCGGCAAAAAAAGUCGUUGUUGACAAACGAUUUAAUGCCAUGUUCAACGAUCAAAAGUUUAAGUUAAAAUACACUGUCGACAAGCGUGGCAAACCUACAAAUCUUACCAGCACUGAACAGUUGAAAGAUUUCUAUGAAAUCGAAUCAGAUGAAAGCGAGAAGGAAGAAGAAGAUGACAGAGAUAUUGAAGAAGAUGCUGACAAUGCAGACGUGGAAAGUGAAGAAGAAAAGGAAGACGACAAAAACUUAAAAAACCUAAAACCCACCACACCUAAAUUGACAACGAAGAAAAAUGUCUUGAAUGGAUUCCAAGUGUCUGAAAUCCUAGAAGAUGAACCCACUCUAGAGUUGGAUGAUGCUGUCAAAGCCAAAUUGCAAGACAUGAAUGUAGAUUACGCAAGAGGGGAAGGUCUUCUUUUCUCUGAUAGUUCCUCAUCAGAAGAAGAUUCAGAAGAAGAAGAAGAUGACCAAGAAGUUUUCCAUGACUGGGGAGAGCUUGACAAAGAUGCAGGAGAAACUGACACAGCCACCUAUCGUUUAGCAGUUUGCAAUAUGGACUGGGAUCGAAUUAGAGCAGUUGAUCUCAUGGUUGUUUUGCAAUCUUUUGCACCUCAAGGAGGCAGUGUUCGAACGGUAACUAUUUACCCAUCCGAGUAUGGAUUGGAACGCAUGAAAGAAGAAGAAGUCCUUGGGCCAAAGGAGUUGGUUGAAAUGAAGAAAGAAGAGGGACCUAGCACUGCAGAUACAAAUGAAACUGAUGACGUAGAUGAUUACCAUCGAGAAAAGCUGAGGCAGUAUCAAAUCAACAGACUUAAAUACUAUUAUGCCGUAGCAGAGUGUGAUUCUGCUGAAACCGCUAACAAAAUAUACGAAGAGUGUGACGGACAAGAAUUCGAAUCCAGUGCAGCAAGGCUAGAUUUACGUUUCAUUCCUGAUGACAUGACUUUUGAUGAGAAACCCCAUGAUGUAUGCAAUGUUAUGCCAGAUGUGUCACAGUACGAACCGCGGAUGUUUUUAACAUCCGCGUUGCAACAAGCUGAGGUUCACCUCACAUGGGACGAAACCGACCCAUCCAGAAUGCAAACAAUGCAGAAGCUAUUUAAGGGCAAAAACGGUAAAGCAGCAUUAGAUGUUGAUGACGAGAGGAUAAAAAGCUUUUUAGCUACUUCAUCUGAAGAAGAAGACGAAGAAGAGAAUCCGAUCAACAGGAAAAAUCUCCUUGGUGAAGAAGAUGCGGAUGACACCGAGUCUUGCAUGGGUGAAAACGAACGCAUUUCUAAAUAUCGGAGCUUAUUGGCAUCGAUUACUCAGUCAGAAGAAGCAGCGAAGAAAAGCAAAGGAGAUGUUGAAAUGGAAAUUAGUUGGGGUGUUGGCCUCCAAGCUAAAGCUGAAGAGAUGGUCAAAAAGAAGAUGGCUGAGAAAGCUCUUGAAACACCUUGGGAACAGCAGUUAGCAAAACGUAGGGAAAAGCGAAAGGCACAACGACAAGAAAAGAAACAAAUGGAAGUUGCACCACCGUCGGAUGACGAAGAAUCUGAUGACGUCCCCUCGGACAUCGACAUGAACGAUCCUUAUUUCAAGGAAGAAUUUGAAAAAGAAGAAUUCCGGAAGAAGAAACCUAACUCAAAGGUCAAACAGGUUGAAGAGAAGUCGCAUUCUGCUGACGAGGCAGACAAAACCGCUGAACUCGAGUUACUUUUAAUGGACGAUAACGAUGGCAAAAGACAUUUUAAUCUCAAAUCUAUCAUGAAGGAAGAAAAACAAUCCGGUAAAAAGAAUACAAAGAAAGCCUGUGAAGCCGUCGCUUCUAAAUCUAAAGAUGAUGACUUUAAGAUUCAAGUCCACGACCCUAGAUUUGCUUCGUUGUUUACUUCUCAUCACUUUAAUUUGGACCCAUCUGAUCCUAAUUUCAAGAAAACAGAAGCCAUGGAAACAAUUCUGCAAGAAAAACAGAAACGAAGGAAGAACGACCCCAACGCUGAAGUGACGAAUCAAUCGGAGCAAGAGCAAAUGGAAGUUAAAAAAUCCCGGGUUGACUCUGAAUUAUCGCGGUUGGUGCGCUCAGUCAAAGUCAAGACAUCGAUGCAACAGAAUCAGAAAAAAUUUAAAUCAUCCCGGAACUAAAUGCAAUG